AUGGCAGGAAACAAGAAGCGCAAGCGCACAGACGCUGGAUGCUCAGACGACGAAGAUCCAGUCCGACCCAAGACAGACUCGACUAACGGCUUCGGAGUAGGCCAGACUCUAUCGAUUCUUCAAAACACGCCGACGGCGACCGACGGAACCACCGCAACUUCCUCCACCACGCAGUCGGAAGACUCUUCUCGGAAGCGACAGAAUGAAAUGCCGGCCGGAAGAUCGUCCAAGAAGAAGCGCAUCGAUGGAGAAAAGGCCAAAUACCCGGUUCUCACCUACGUGGACGGCCGGUUACAGUCUUCCAUCCGGAUCGCGGACCUGCAGGCCCUGAUGCUCUACUGCUUCGCUGAUGGCAUUGCGCCGCAGUGGAUCUCAGUCAAGCAUUCCGGUCAUGUGCGGAAGGUCGUGACAUUGAUGGUUCCAGGUCUGGAGCUGGGAAUGUUUGAUGGGACAAUCCCCCUUGCUACUGCGUCGCUACCGGCGGAGCAACAGGAGGCUACAGAUGCGAAUGAAGGAGAGGGCGUCGACGAAAAAGUGGACGAUUUCCAGCGGUGGAAACAGGGCCUUCCCUUAGAAGACCGAUCCCACAAAUUUGUCCCUCGACCGCUGUCGCGCGACAGUCUUCCAGAACCGUUACAAUCCCUGUCCGAUUUGUUCCCGCACGUCUGGCCGGUCCGGGCUCCUGGGGACUCCAAGUACAACAAGGUCCAUUCACCGCUACAGGCAAUCUUGAUGUCCGGUGUACCAAAAACCAAAGAGAGCGGCAACCAGAAAGGUCCCCGAGCCCCGAACAAGGGCUUCGUCGCAAAGCGAACCCCGAUCACGAACUUUAUCAGCUCGCUCGCGGAUUUGAAUGAGAACGACUACGUUCUGCAUCCCGCUCUCCUCCCAACGGAGCAGGAGAGGUCGAAUCUUCGCGAGAGUCGCCAGCGCGCCGGCCAAACGGCGGAGAAUGGGUGGGUUGACACGCAUGUCGCCACUCUGGAGGACGGCCAAGUCCCUGACAAGGAGAUCGAACAAGGCAGCAUGACGGCCGGCCGCGAGGUGCUCUCGUUGGAUUGCGAGAUGUGCAUCACAGAAGGCGGCAAAUCCGAGCUCACGCGCAUUAGUAUGGUGCGCUGGGACGGUGAGGUGGUGUUGGACGAGCUCGUGAAGCCGGAUCUCCCCAUCAUCGACUACCUAACUCGCUUCUCCGGUAUCACCAAGGAGCAGCUAGACCCCGUCACGACCACGCUCGCCGACAUCCAGCAAAAGCUGCUCACGAUCCUCACGCCCCGCUCCAUCCUAGUCGGCCACUCCCUCAACUCCGACCUCAACGCUCUCAAAAUCACCCACCCCUUCAUCGUGGACACGACAUUCAUCUACCCGCACCCGCGCGGCCCACCCCUCAAAUGCAGCCUAAAGUGGCUCACCCAAAAAUACCUCGGCAAGGAGAUCCAAAAGGGCCAAACAGGCCACGACUCCAUCGAAGACGCCCGCGCCGUGCUCGAGCUCGUGAAGCAGAAAUGCGAAAAGGGCGAACGCUGGGGCACCAGCGAGUCCUCCAACGAAAGCAUCUUCAAGCGUCUCGGCCGCACCGCCAAACCGGGCAAAUCAGGCGCAGCAACCGACCAAUACCGAACCGGCGCCGUCGUCGACUGGGGCAACCCCGAGCGGGGCUUCGGUGCGCAAGCCACCGCCUCAAUCGGAUGCAGCACCGACGACGACGUCGUGAAAGGCAUCUCCUCCGUCGUCAACGGCGACGACACCAACCCAUCCAUCCCAGGCGGCGGCGUAGACUUCACGUGGGCGCGCAUGCGCGAGCUCGAACUCUACCGCGGGUGGUGCAACCGGAUGCCAGACCCGAACCACGCCAACGAGUCUACAACAUUGAACCAAGCCCCCGAAGGAACAGCAUCGGACCCGAUGUCCACAGACGAUUCCACCCCUGAAAAGGCCCUCAUCGACACCGUCUCCCGCACCGUCUCCAACAUCAACCGUAUCUACGAAUCCCUCCCGCCUUGCACCCUGUUCGUGGUCUACUCGGGCACCGGAGACCCCCGCGAAGUCAGUCGGCUGCAAGGCAUGCACAAGACGUUCCGCGAGGAGUAUAACGCGCGGAAGCCGUGGGAUGAGCUGUCUGUUAAGUGGACGGAUGCUGAAGAGCAGGCUUUGAAGAAGGCUUGUGAGCGGGCCCGUGAAGGGUGCGGGUUUUUGUGCGUGAAGUGA